AUGAACGAAAAAAAGGGGGUAUAUGAGAGAACUUACCUCGCCAGGACACCUCGAAAUCCCUACAAUAUCACCACCCCACUCCCCUCGCUUUUUGACAGGAUAACACGCACUCCAGAACCCCUUUCCCUCCUCUUCCUUCUUCUUCUUGCACUUCUUGCACUUCUUACACUUCCUCCUUCCCCUCGUCUCCCUCGUCGUCCUCCCACCGACCUCCCAUCCACUCCCACAUCGUCCCCUUUCACCCCCUCCGAAACAACAAUCACCAUCACCAGCACAACACUCCACCAUCUCAAAACAACAACCAUCUUCCUCCCAACACCCCCUACACCCAUCUCCAUCCAAACUCGAUUCCGAAUCCGAGGUACCAUCACCCCCAUCAUCAUCGUCGUAAUAAUAAUACCCACCACCGCUGCCGCCCACAUCAACCCCUUCAUCAACAACCCCGUCGUCAUCAAGACAAAUCACCUCGCCCCCGACACCACCAUCAGCGAUCCCAACCCGUCCUCGAUGCCGAAAGUCCUGCUCAGACCGCAGAGCAACAACGGCGUCGUCAACGAUCCUUCGGACCUCGUGGCUGUUCGCCGAUCCCAUCUCCACAGAAAUGGUGCUUCAAACUUUCGAAGUAUCGCGUCGGGUAAUGUAGUCGAGUCUAGUAAAGUCGUCCAAUCCCAAGCUGACCUCUAA